AUGUGGUACCUUCCACACCAUCCGGUCUUUAAUCCAAAGAAGCCAGACAAGACGCGGAUUGUAUUUGAUUGUGCAGCCAAAUACAAGGAGAUAUCACUGAACGACAACGUCCUUCAGGGGCCAGAUCUCACCAACAAACUCGUGGGAAUUUUACUCAUAUUCAGACAAGAUAGGGUUGCCUUCAUAGCGGACAUUGAAGGCAUGUUCAAUCAGGUACUAGUCGAAGAGAACGACCGAGAUGCUUUGCGAUUUCUCUGGUGGGACAAUGGAGACCUUACCAAAGAACCGAGGACCCACAGGAUGAAGUCCCAUUUAUUCGGAGGAGUCUGGAGCCCCAGUGCUGCGAAUUAUGCCAUAAAGAGGGCAGCUGAUGACAACAAGAAUGACUUCAGUUUGGAUGCAGUAGAAACUGUGAAAAAGAACUUCUAUGUUGAUGACUGCCUGAAGUCGGUUCCAAGAGAUGGCACGUGGAUAGUCGAACUCUCCAGUGAUGUAUGUGGGCUCCUUGAAAGGGCAGGGUUCCGCCUCACCAAGAUGAUCAGCAACAGCCGCGCACUGAUGAAGGCCAUGCCCCACACAGAGCUGGUGAAAGAAGCCAAGGAUCUGGACUUGGACAGCGAUGUCCUACCCACUGAGAGGGCGCUUGGAUUGAUUUGGGACGUCGACAAGGACCAAUUCAAGCCAAGUAUAGCGGUAAAUGAUCGUCCACUGACCAGAAGAGGGGUGCUUAGUAUUCUCAGCUCAGUUUAUGACCCUCUAGGUCUGGUCAGCCCCUUUGUUCUGGAAGCCAGAAUGAUAUUCGAAGACCUGUGCAGGGCCAAGUUGACGUGGGAUGAGGAGAUGCCCAGGGAACAUCUGGAGAGAUGGAGCAGGUGGCGUGAAGAUCUGCCUAGGCUGGCCAAUUUCUCCGUGCCCCCAUGCCUGCGCUCGGAUGAGCUUGGCACUGUAAUACAUAGCCAGUUGCACCACUUUGCGGAUGCGUCGCAAGGAGGUCUAGGUGCAACAAGUUACCUCAGACAGGAGGACGUCAAUGGGCGUGUUCACUGCUCAUUAGUUAUGAGCAAAGCAAAGUUGGCUCCCUUGAAGACCACUACCAUUCCGAGGCUGGAGCUGACUGCUGCCAUCGAAGCUGUGAAACUUGAUAAACUCCUGCGCAGCGAACUUGAAAUCCAAAUAUCAGAGUCGGUAUUUUGGACAGACAGCAUGAUUGUGCUGUUUUACAUCAAGAACGAGUCAAAGAGAUACCAGACCUUCGUAGCCAAUAGGGUGGCUAAAAUUCAUGAGAGUACUGUGUCCACUCAAUGGAGGCAUGAACCCACUGAUCAGAAUCCCGCUGAUGACGUAAUCCAGGGGUAUGACAGCUGA